CGUAUCGUGAAUUUUGGCGCGCCGCUUUGAAAGAAUCGGCUCAUCAAUGAAUAUAGACGAUCAUAAGCAUUGAUCAGCUUUAAAGCGAGAUCAAUGAGGACGUGUUUUAUAGUACUACAGCUGUUCGCGCGCAGGUACUAUUUGUUACUCAUUAGAUGCGCGUAAAUGUGCAGUAAUCGGCUGUAGAGAUCCUGCUAAGUGGACAGGAUGACGUCUACAAAAGAGAUCAAGCAACUACAGAAGGCCAAGAAUAAAGCUCAAAGCAGCAAUAACCUGAAAGAAGAAGCCAGUCUUUGCAAUCAUCUGGGGGAGGUUUACGCUAAAACGGGCGACUAUCGCUCUGCUAUUGAAGAGCAUCGUCAGGAAUUGGAGCUGUCUGAGAUUUUGCACGAUGUGAUUGGCUCUGCUGUGGCCAAUAGAAAAAUCGGAGAAUGCUAUGCAGAACUGGGGAACAUCGAGGCUGCUCUGAAGCACCAGAGGCUUCAUCUGAAUCUGGCUCGAUCUGUUCAUGAUGCAGCAGAGGAGCAGAGGGCUCUGGCCACUAUUGGACGAACAUACCUCUUCCUCUUUGAUUCGGACAAUUCACGGGACAGCUUGAAGCAUGCUGAAGAUGCUUUCAAGAAGAGUUUGGCCAUUGUAGAUGAGCGGCUGGAAGGUACCGUAUCCUCACGAGAGCUGAGUGAGAUGAAAGCCCGUCUCCUGCUGAAUCUGGGCUGUGUGAAUGAUGGGAUGAAGGAACCGCAGCGCUGCAGUGACUUCAUACGACAGAGCAUCUACAUCGCUGAGAAAAACAACCUUCUAGAGGAUCUGUAUCGUGCCAACUUCAACCUGGGCAGCAUUCACUUCCGCAACGGGCAGCACUCGCGCGCCAUGCGCUGUUUCGAGCAGUCGAAAGAAUGCGCCCGCAAAAUGAAGGACAAGUUCAGUGAGAGCGAGUGUUUCCAUAGUAUCGGCAAGAUAUUGCUUCAUCUUGGUGACUUUGCGGCGGCGCGGCGCUCUCUGAAGAAAGCCUUCUGUCUGGGCUCCCAGCAGCCUUCUGAUCGUGAGGCCGUCAAGAGAGAUUUCAAACACGCAAUCCGGGGCUGUCAACUGGAGCAGACGGCAACAGAAGUGACUGAUAAGUUUUCCCACGAGGCCUUGGAUCUGUCAGAGCAGCUGGGAGAUCUUUACUGUAAAGUGGGCUGCUAUAACAAAGCUCUGGAAGCUUAUCAAGCACAACUGGUGUGUGCAGAGGUUUUAGGGAAGCCUGCUCGUGAGUUAGCCGUCAUUCACGUGUCAUUGGCGGCCACAUACACAGAUUUGCGACAACAUCACAGGGCCGUGGAACAUUACAGACAAGAACUAAAGCUGAGAGAGGGCAACCCUAAAGAGGAGUGUGAGACGUGGUUGAAUAUAGCUGGUUGCGAGGAGGAGAUCGGACAGUCUAUGGAGACGCUCGAUCACAGUUUCAGUGCUGCUCUGAGCUGUGCUGUGAGGUCAGGUCUAAACAAACUACAGAGGCGUGUUUUGAGAGCGUGGCUACAGGCCCAGCAGCGCUGCGGCUCCUCACAGUGUGACGACACUGAGGCCCUGCUGAUGGAACUGUGUGAGCGGGAUGGACUGACACUGGAGGACAGUGAAGAGGAGGAUGAGGAAGAGGAGGUGGAGAACAGUGAACCACUGGAAGACAGUGACAUACAGUACUCUGACUCUGAUGAGGAUCUGGAGGGUUAUGAUAAGAUCGUGACGGGCAGGAGGAAGACACAGAGGUGGAACCGACGGAAUGAGAAGGGCGAGACGGUUCUGCACAGGGCCUGUAUAGAGGGAAACCUAAAGCAGGUUCAGUACUUGCUUGACCAGGGUCACCCGGUUAACCUGAGAGAUUACUGCGGGUGGACUGCUCUGCAUGAAGCCUGUAACUACGGUCAUGAAGGUACUGCAGCCUGCCAUUUUAAAAACGACCCUGGAGGUCGAGACUGUGAGGGCGUCACACCCCUGCAUGACACCCUAAACUGCGGCCACUUCCCUGUUGCACGACUGCUGGUAGAGAGAGGAGCGUCGGUCACUGUUCGCAAUAGCAAGGGACACACUGCUCUGGACACCCUGCGUCAGUGGUUUAAGACUUACAGCCGACAGCUGGACCAAGAGACAAAGCAGGAGUGUUUGGAGACUGAAAAACUCAUCAAGAGAGCUGUGUCAGGAGACAUCUCCGUUGUGUCGGCACUUCCACGGCAGCAGAAGGAGCUUCAGGACAGUCAGCUGUUUGAUGCCGAGUAUUCAGAACCGCUGCUGCAGGAGUCACUGCCCUCACGCCAGCAGAUCACUCCCUGUCCCGCUCCAACCGUCCCAACUCUGAAAAACUCGGCUCCGGGACACAGGAGCACCUCAGGCCCAGCUCGCCGGCCACGAGGGAUGGAAGUAGAUGUUUUGUAUGGGAGCGAGAGCAGUUCUUCGGAUCAUUUCGACUUGGAUUGCUCACUCAGUCCUCUUCGUCCCGUUCGGUCAAGACCGCGUUCCCCAGCUGUCCAGUCCUCGCAGGAAUUCCCACCCAGUCAGGAUGUGCCCUCUGUAUAUGAGCUCAGAGAGGCUGUGUUGCCCCCGCAGUCAGAAUCGGGCAGACUGGAGUAUCAGAAGGCCAUGCAGAAUCUAGGCAGUGCCAAAUCCCGCCUCCUCUCUCAGAGCCUAUCAGAGCCGGCCUUUACCAGCACGCCAGCAGUGUCAGCCAAUAGCAGAACAGCGCUGGUACCAGAGGACCAGUAUCUGGCAGAUGAUUGGCUGGAGGAUGACCUGAGGGAUGUGCAACCUAAGAAGAAACGGAGAGUUUCUGAGCACAACGUCCCACGGGAAAUAACUUCCAGAAAUCAGAAUCAUUUCUCAGUUUCUGCUGAAGCUCAUCCUAGAGUUCAGAGUUCCUCCAGUAGGGGUCUGUCUCUGAAAAAGGGCACUAAUAAUAAGCCGCGGCAGGUGAAGAUGAAUCAAAUGCCCGGGAUGGUGAAUCUAGGUAGGAGAGAGGUCAGCAGGUCACAGAGUCCCAUCAUGACCCAAGAAUCUGAGCCCAUCCAUGACCCUGCACCUCCUACCCAUCAGUCAAUGCCACCAGCAUCAUUCCAGAACCGAACAGCUCAUGUUCCUGCACCGAUCAGGAUGAGGGUCAGAGUUCAGGACAAUGUCUUCUUGAUUCCCGUUCCUCACAGUGAGGCAGACUCCUGCACGGUGGCAUGGUUGUGUGAUCAGGCCGCUCAGCGUUACUAUCAGACGUGUGGAUUACUGCCACGUCUGUCCCUGCAGAAAGAGGGCGCCCUGCUCUUACCCACCGAUCCACUGCUGGCUGUGCUGCACACCAAUGAAGAGGUUGUUGCUGAGGUGUGUUCAUGGGAUCUUCCUCCUCUCCCUGAGCGCUACAGGAAAGCCUGUCAGAGUCUGGCAGUGGAGGAGAACCGGCGUGUGUCUCGGCUGUGUGAGGUGCAGGACAGCAGCUCAUGUGUGAACGUCUGUGGACUCAGUUUGCCUCCAGCGUCUCUGACUCCUCUCCUCCGAGCGCUCAAACUGCAGGCCAGCCUCACGGAGCUGCGCAUCUCUGCCAACCGUCUGAACAACGACCUCCUUCCGGAGCUGAUGUCUGCUGCUGCCACUAUGCCCAGACUGAGGAUUUUAGACAUAUCAGCCAAUCAGAUCACUGGAGAGGGGCUCAAAAAAGCCUCGGACACGUUUGAAACGAAGAGUCAAGCUGCUUUCCCUGUAAGCACUGGGAAUAUGCGGUCGGUGUGCUUCUCCCAUAAUGCACUGGGCUCCACUGGUUUCGAGCUUGUGUUGAAGACAUUACCGAUGCACUGUCUCACGCACCUUCAGCUGUCUGCAGUCUGUAGAGGCCCAUCCGACCAGCCUGCCAUGGAGAUCCUCACUAAACUCCUGACACAAGGUGACUGUCCACUCACACACUUAAAUCUGGCUGGAAAUGGCCUUACGGACCACAGUGUCCUCUUGCUUGCUAGGUGUCUUCCUGUUUGUCCCUCCCUGGUGUCUUUGGACUUGUCUGGCAACCGUUCAGUGACCUCAGUCGGCCUUCAAAGUCUCCUUAACGCCCUCAUGGAGGCCCAGCGACCUUUGACCCAUCUCAAUCUUCAAGGCUGUCAGGUGUCAGGACCUCUGGGUGAUGUUUGUUUGGACAGUCUGUCUGAUCACAUCCGAGACCUGCGUUUGUGCUCCCAGAGUCUCAAUAAACUAGACCAGGAUGCACUGCAGCAGAGCUGGAGACGGAGAUCAGAACACGUGCAUGUCUUUUCUCGCAACUCCAAAUGCAUGCUGAGCAUCACCGCAGCUUCACAGUAAACUAUUUCUGGCAGUAGCGUUAGUUUAAUGGACAAAUGCUUGAAAACAUUUGUCUGUAAAUACUGUCUAAUUGUAGCAUGUGUGCUGUCAUUAUGUAUUUUUUUAUUGUAAUUAUUUGUAUGGACACGUAUAUUUGUUUAUACAUGUGACUCAAACCCAUUUUAUUCUAUUUAGUCUUUCUGCAAACUGUCUUUAUUACUGAUUAUUUGCAAAAUGAUGAGUUUGAAAUGGGCAUGAGAUAUUAAUGUGUGGUGCUGAUGGACCAAGAAAAAGACCAAUAAAUACUAAUUCAAGCAUCCUCUGUUUGUAAAAGUAUCUCCAAAAAUUGGAAAAGUGCAAAAACGUCACAAAACAUGAGUUUCAUGCAUUUAUUGUCCAUUUAAUUAAAGCAAAAGAGAGAGAGAGAGAAAACUGGUGUCAAAC